GGUAGAGGUAACUUGUGCUAUUGAGGUGAUACAUUGUUUAUUGACGCAGAGCGACAGUUUGUUACUUCUGGAACUAGAGUGUCUAAAUUAAAGGGCAAAACAACUGAGAUCUUUGUUUUAUUCUGCAGUCAAAAAUGCCUUCAAGAAUUCACGUCAAGUUUGUUACAGAGCGUAAGAAAUAUUUGGAAAAACAGAUACAAGUUCUGGAACCUGUUUUGGGAAAUAUGAAAAAGGUUGUUGCAAAAAGUAAGGCGUGGCUAGAAGAAAAAACUGACCAAUCAUCUGUCAGCUACAUCGAGCUAUCACAAGAACUGGACACAGCAGCCACGGCCUUGUUGGAUGUGACGUCACAUAUUUUAGACGAGGACAACAUGGAUGUCAACAAACCAACGCCAUCUUUACCACAGCCUGACACACAGACAACAGCAAAAUUUCUAACAGUAGAAUCACCAAGACAACUCAAGACACAAGUUCAACACACAGCUGUUGAAGAACAUCCUGACCUAGAGCGACGACUCGCCUAUAUUGAAACAACACUAUCUUCACUACAGGACACACAACACAAGUCUACAGAUGACAUAUCAGAAAUAAAACAAUGGAGAGACAAUUUUGUAACAGAACAGAGUGAUAUGGGGGUAAACAUUGAACAACUGACUAAAAACCAAAAGCAGAAUUUUAAAAACUUUAGAAAACAAAUGAAUGAACAAGAUAACAAAGUAAAGGAGCUGAACAUAGAAAUUGAAAGUUUAAAAGAAAAAGAAUCCAAGUCAAAUAAAUCACUAGAGAAACUGUCUCUAGAUAUGAAAGAAUAUGAAAACAACUUACUGAAAAUAAAUAAGGAGAUGCAAGAUCACACGGAUAAAACAGACAGUAUAACUGUUGAAAUUAAAAGACAUUCUGAUUUGAUUGUUACAGUACAAGAAGAUAAUAAAAACGUGGUCGAUAAAUCAACCAAACUUGAGAAGAUGCAAUCAAAGCACAAUGUGAUGUACAAACUCCUACAACAAAGAUUGAUGCCCAUUGACAAACUGAUUCAAAUCUUUAACCAGAACUUGGAAACAAGGGAAAAAAGAAAAAAAAAGCUUGACAAUAUUGAAAAUACUAUCUCAAAACUGUCGAAACAUUUUCAUCUGAUCGAGUCACGUGUAUGUAACAGAUAUGUUUGUCAUGCGGAGCUUGCUGAUCCCACACCUGUCAGUACUGGAUUAAUUAUUUCAACCUUUGAUGAAGUACGUGAAUAUAACGGUCAACAUUUUAAUCAAACAACAGGAAAAUUUGAAUCACCACACGAUGGUUUAUAUCUUGUAUGUGUGACUCUAAAUGAAUGGGAAGAUAAACAGAUUGAAGUUGAGGUGGUGGCUGGAGGCGUGUGGUGGAAGUCUAUAGAAGUGAAAUGUGCCAACACUAACGCUGCUGGGUCAGUGGUUGUUGACUUGAAGAAAGGUCAAGAACUUUACAUUGAAGUGUCUGACGCAGAUCAAGACGCAGAGUUAUCAAGCUACAAGUCACGUGUAUGUAACAGAUAUGCUUGUUAUAUGGAGUUUGCUAAUCCCACACCUGUCAGUGAUGGAUCAAUUAUUUCAACCUUUGGUGACGUGAGUGAAUAUAACGGUCAACAUUUUAAUCAAACAACAGGGAAAUUUAUUUCACCACAUGAUGGUUUAUAUCUUGUCUGUGUGACACUAAAUGAGAGUGAAGAUAAACAGAUUGAAGUUGGUGUGAUGUUUGAAGGCGAGUGGUGUAAGUUUAUAGAAGUGAAAUGUGCCGACACUAGCGCUGCUGGGUCAGUGGUUGUUGACAUGAAGAAAGGUCAAGAAAUUUACCUUGAAGUGUAUAACGCAGAUCAAGGCGCAACGUUAUCCUGCUACAGUAGUUUUACUAUCUGUAUUAGUAAAAGUAAAAUGCGCUCCAGAAUUCAGCUCAGACAUGUUACAGAAAUCAUGAAAUUUUUGGAAGAACAGCUGCACUUGAUAGAUCCUCUCAUAUUGAUUAUGCAAAACGCAGUAGAAAAAAGCAAGAUUUGGAUAGAAGAUAAAAAUGACAACCCGUCUAUCACCUACAGCGAUCUAUGCCAGGAACUUGAUUCAGCGACAACGGCCAUGUUGGGUGCAGCGUUACACAUUAUAAGUGAAAAUAAAGAGACUUUAGAUGUCGAUACAGCAACGCCAUCUUUCUAUCAGUCUACAACAAAAACUCAAAGAUCAGAAAAACGUGACUGGACUGAAUCAACAAAUCAAGGCACUAAACAAUUGGAACAAACAGACGAAAUAUUGAGUCGACUUAAGCAGAUAGAGACAUCCAUAUUGUCUCUACAAGACGUCAGUCGACUUGAGCAGAUAGAGACAGCUAUAUCUUCUCUACAAGACGUCAGUCGACUUGAGCAGAUAGAGACAGCCAUAUUUUCUCUACAAGACGUCAGUCGACUUGAGCAGAUAGAGACAACCAUAUCUUCUCUACAAGACGUCAGUCGACUUGAGCAGAUAGAGACAGCCAUAACUUCUCUACAAGACGUCAGUCGACUUGAGCAGAUAGAGACAGCCUUAUGUUCUCUACAAGAAAAAUAA